GAUUGAAUUAGAGACGGAAGACCGAAAUUCAGCUGCGGCGCCACCGGAAUCAAUAGUACGUCGGAGGAUAGCCGCCGUUGUCGUUGUCAUCUCUUUUCUCUGCAUAAACCCUAAACCCUAAACCCUAAACCCUAAACCUCCAAUGCCCAUUCAGAAACCUUUAUUUUUGGCAUACGGGAUCAUCCACGCCAUCGAACGCUAUCGUUGUUCUAGUUUUCGAGUUCAUGCUCUGCGAUUCUCCUCUUCGUCUGCUCAGUCAUGGCUGUCCACACCGGGAAAGCCACUCAUAAAGUGGCCUUCACUGCCCGACCAGGCGGGAAGCUCGUUGCAAUCGGAACCGGCCACAAUUUCAAACCCUAACUCUGACACUGACCUGAAAUCUGAUGCAAGUUAUGCGCAGAAUGACUUCUCUACCAUUUCUGGCAUCCUUUCCGAUCGCGGUGUUCGACCUGGUGCAGCAUUCGAGGAUGCUUUGGACAGGACUGGAAUUCUGCCGAGUUCGAGUCUGUUGGAGGCUGUAUUCGAUCAUUUCGAUUCGUCUCCCAAGUUAUUGUAUUCGCUGUUUCUCUGGGCUGCGAAGAAACCUGGAUUUCGUCCCUCACCGGCAUUGUUCAAUUGUAUGAUCAACGUGCUGGCGAGGUCUAGGGCGUUUGAUUCUGCUUGGUCUCUGAUUAUUCGUCGUCUUCGUGGAGAUGGAGAAUCCUCUUUGGUUUCCGUCGAUGUCUUCGUGAUAUUGAUCAGGCGGUACACUCGUGCAGGCAUGGUUCAACCUGCAAUUCGGACCUUCGAAUUUGCUUGCAACCUAGAAACAAUUUCAGGGACCAACUCGGAGAGUUUGUUUGAGAUUUUAUUAGAUUCCCUCUGCAAAGAGGGCCAUGUCAGGGUAGCUUCUGAGUACUUCAAUAGGAAAAGAGAGUUGAAUUUGAAUUUCGAACCAUCAAUUCGAGCUUAUAAUAUACUUCUAAAUGGAUGGUUUCGAUCAAGAAAGCUCAAACAUGCUGAGAGGCUCUGGUUUGAGAUGAAGAAGAACAAAAUAUCACCUACAGUCGUUACAUAUGGCACCCUUGUCGAAGGCUACUGUCGAAUGCGUCGGGUCGAAAUAGCCAUUGAAUUGGUGGAUGAGAUGAGGGGAGAAGGUAUUGAGCCAAAUGCAAUCAUAUAUAACCCAAUAGUUGAUGCACUUGGGGAAUCUGGGAGGUUUAAGGAGGCAUUGGGAAUGAUGGAGAGGUUCACGGUUCUCGAGCAAGGCCCUACGAUCUCGACGUACAAUUCUCUUAUUAAGGGUUAUUGCAAGGCAGGAGAUCUUUCAGGGGCUAGCAAGAUCCUUAAGUUGAUGAUGAAUAGAGGAUUCACUCCCACCCCGACUACCUAUAACUACUUCUUUAGAUUCUUCUCAAAGUAUGGGAAAAUUGAGGAGGGUAUGAACCUUUACAAUAAAAUGAUUGAAUCGGGAUAUACGCCCGAUAAACUUACGUACAACCUGUUGCUGAAGAUGUUGUGUGAAGAGGAGAGAUUAAACCUAGCAGUUCAAGUUUGCAAUGAAAUGAAGGCUAGGGGGUUUGACAUGGACUUGGCUACAAGCACCAUGUUAAUUCAUUUGCUUUGCAAGAUGCAUAAGUUUGAAGAGGCUUUCGCUGAAUUCGAGCACAUGAUUUGUCGUGGAAUAGUUCCUCAAUAUCUAACUUUCUGCAGAUUGCUUGAUGAAUUCUCAAAACGUGGAUUGACAAAAAUGGCAUCGAAGCUACGAGGAAUGAUGUCUUCGGUUCCUCAUUCAGAGAAGUUACCUGAUACGUAUAGUCAAGCUCCCGAUUCCAUCCGUGCUAGAAGAACAUCAAUUAUGCGUAAAGCCGAGGCAAUGUCUGAAAUGUUGAAGGUCUGUAAAGACCCUAGAGAGCUUGUCAAACGCAGAAGUCCAUCUGAAACUGCUGUGUUUAAUGCAAAUAGGUUGAUAGAUGAUAUCAAGAAGAAAGCCAACUCUGCGACUGUUUGUAUUUAAUGCAACUGCUCAUUAGCUACGCACAAGAUGACUUGAGCUACAUAGUUUCUCCACAGGAAUCUUUGGAGAAACUCUAACAAAUGAAUCAGUUUCGCUGGCAUGUGCAGUUAUUUUGCGAGGCGAUAAACAAUCUUCUUGAGGGUCGAGCGUAUAUUCGACAAAGUGCUCGCAAGAAUUCAAUUGGACUUAGGAUGGUUUUUAUAACUUUUCUUCCAAAUUAUUAUUAGUAGGCCUCUUCAAAUGAAAACAGAGAGCUGUUGAAGCAGGGAAAGUACAAGGUUGGCGAUCGACUUUAGCACUUCAACAACAACAAUGUAAUCCAAAACCCCCCACUCUUAUUUUCCCAUUUGGGACCUCUGAUAAAAUUGGAACGAUACAACAAUACAGAGAAGAUUAUUAUGGCCCCUGCGUAAGGAUGACACGCACAAAUUGAAAAAAAGGGAUAAGAGCCAGGCACUGAACGGUGUGCCAGUGAGGACGCUAGGCUCCCAAGGAGUGGAUUUUGAGAUCCUACAUUGGUUGGAGAAGAGAACGAAAUGCGGGUGUGGAAACUUCUUUUCCUAGUAGACAUGUUAUCUCUAUAUUCUUUAAUAUCUGUAAAGUUUUCCAGAUCCGAGGCGGAAAGAAGCAAGGAUAGGAGUGUUGAAUUCAAGCAAAUGACGUAUGUGGAUUGGUUGCUGAAAAGCAAGGUUUUUCAACAGAAUGAUGAUGAAAAGCACAAUUGUUGGGAAGUGGUUUUGCAACCAAACUCAGUUGAAUUGCAUCAUUGUCCAUUAACAAUGUGAUGGGGAGUUUAUUCAAUCUGCCCGCCGCAGCGAUUGGUUUAAGAUUAGGAAGACAGGUGCGGGCGAGAGCGUUUCUGCAGGGACAUCGAGCUAGUGGAAUCCACACCACCUCCUCGUAAGAUCACUUUUUUAAGCUCUUUAUCCCUGCCACUCGAGAAUCACACACACAAACUCAUUUGAUUGGGGGGCGAAAUCACGAUUUUCAAACUUUUUAAAAGGGUUUAGAUUACAAUUUUGGUUAAUAUUUGCUUCAGUAGUCUUUAGUUGAGGCAUGCGUUGCUUUUUUAUUAUAUUUAUAGUUAUUUGUAUCACACUGUAUUAGAUAUCACACCGCACGUGUUAUCGACUUUUUAGAAGAAGUAGAGGUGCCUUUUAAUUUUGUUGUAUUGAACCCUCAUAUGGUAUUAGAUAUCACACCACAUGUGCUAUCGACUUCUUAGAAGAAGUAGAAGUGCCUUCUAACUUUGUUGUAUUGAGCCCUCGUACGGUAUUAGAUGUCACACCACACGUGCUAUUGACUUCUUAGAAGAAGUAGAGGUGCCUUCUAACUUUGUUGUAUUGAACCCUCGUACGGUAUUAGAUAUCACACCACACGUGCUAUCCACUUCUUAGAAGAAGUAAAGGUGCUAUCUAACUUUGUUGUAUUGAA